AUGUCGUUUGAUUUUUAUGUGGAAUCAUAUAUUUCUUCGAAAGAGCUCAAUCAUCAAUCAGUAUCCUUGGUUAUACCAAGAUUGACAAGAGACAAGAUACAUAACAAUGUAUAUUACAAAGUCAAUUUGACUGCACCAUCACUACAUUGUGAUACAUUUAUGGGUCUUCUAAAGGUAAUUGUAAGAGAUUUUGGUACACUAAAGGGGAAAUCAGUCAAUCAAGUUCACAUGUUGGGAGGAAUGAUGUUCAAAUGUAUACUAAUGAAACUUGUAGAAAUACGACCUACCAUAGAUCAGUUAAUAGAUGUUAUUGAGUCUAAUCGAGAUUCUGAGAAUUUUGAUGAUAAAUAUAUAGUUGUAUUGCUACUUACUUAUAUUCGUGUCCAAUAUUACUAUCUAGGUGAAAAGAAUGAUCUUGCAAAACGUUUAAAAAAAUUGUUUAAAAAACACCUGUUGGAUUAUAGAAAGUUGAAGUCUUUGGAUUUAUAUGAGGACUGUACUGCUAUAUCACAGAAUCUGACCAUCUCUAUUAUCCAUGUGGAUGAAAUUCUUGACCAAUUGAUUACUAAAGAUGAUAUAUGGGGAAUUCCUUUAGGCAGAUGCAACUGGUGUAAUGUUUAUGCCAGUGACUCUGAUAGUGACUCUGAUAGUGACUCUGAUAGCUCCACGGACGAUUCUGAAGACAGCAAUGACUCUAUUGAUGGCUAG